GCAGAUCGAAGGGUGGCACCUCCUCGGGGUAAGCGAUCGAGCAGGGCUGAGCGUAUCUGAGUGACAUGUGCCCGGCGGGCAAGUUACCGCUUACAGUGGGGAUGGAGCUUAUCGAUACAGAUUUAGCAUUUGCCGUCGCUUUCCGUGAUAUGACUGUACAUUUUCUAGACGUUCCAAUUCCUUAUUUCCUUGCUGUAACGGAGUUCUUUUGGCGUCUGUUCGUGAUUCACAAUGGCGGUCAAAGAAGGAAACACAGAGAUAACGGUCGGCGUCCUCGCCCUCCAAGGCGCUUUCAGCGAGCACAUUCAACUCCUUCGUGCGGCAUCCUCGAACAUCCCCUCGUCACCAACCUUCCACUUCAUCGAAGUCCGGACACCAGCCCAACUCGCACAAUGCGACGGCCUCAUCAUCCCUGGUGGCGAAAGUACAACCAUGUCCCUCGUAGCCGCACGUAGCGCUCUUCUCGAGCCCCUCCGCGACUUUGUCAAGGUCCAACGCAAACCAACGUGGGGUACAUGCGCCGGCCUCAUCUUACUAGCAGAGAGUGCGAAUAGAACAAAGAAAGGAGGCCAAGACUUGAUCGGAGGCCUAGACGUGAGAGUGAACAGAAAUCAUUUCGGGCGACAACAAGAGAGUUUCCAGGCAAACCUACAGCUGCCAUUCUUAGAGUCGACCAGCAAGACAAGCGCGACCGAUCCGUACCGAUGCGUCUUCAUCCGCGCGCCAGUUGUAGAGAAGAUACUUCCGAGUAAGAAGGCGGUAGGCAUACAAGAAGGAGAGAGUGAAAGGGACGAUACAAUUGUUGCGCCGAGCAAGACACCAGCGGAUGAUUUGGCGAGGAAGGAGUUGGAUCGCGAGGUCGAGAUCAUGGCAACGCUGUCGACCAACGCCCAGCCGUUGCAGGAGAACCAGGAACACAAUCACCCAGGUGCGGAGGACAUAAUAGCGGUACGGCAGGGCAACGUGUUUGGGUGUAGCUUCCACCCAGAACUGACCGACGACCCGCGGAUACAUGUUUGGUGGUUGGGAGAGGUCAUGAAAGCUGCGGAGAGGCGAAAGCAGUUUGAACUUGCGGAUCGAACUAAAUGAGAUGUAGGUGGUGCCAGAUGGCACUUCAAUUAGGGCACAUGCCCAGACAGCAAUUCUUGUAGAACAUGUGACAGGGCGUUUGGAAGAUGGUAGUAAGUCUUGGGAAGGUAUCUAAACUGGUAUCUCUCCUCCCUACGC